AUGCCUAAGGCGACCAAGAGGAAGAAAGAGAAGAAGGCCGACUUCCAGAAAACCAAGCUCAAGCUAGGAAAAGGCAAACAGGCCGCCAACAAUGCCACUGACGUCUCGUUCAAAGCCAAAACUAUCGCGCUUCCACAGCAAUCCAUCAAUGCCGACAAGUCAGGCAAGCUUGUCAACUCACGGAACCUUACCGUCGCCGAUCUGGCUCUACAGCUCCGUCACUACUCGCCAAACGUAAGAAGAGAUGCUGUCGGUGGCAUACGGGAGAUUCUCACGCUCCAUCCGAGCUUGAUGCUCUCAGCUGCAGCAUCACUCAUCCCAGAGCUUUCCCGUUGCAUCGGUGACGACGACGCAGUAGUGCGAAAGCAGUUACAUUCCCUUCUGGCUUGGAUGCUCCCUCAGAUCCCAUCGCAACUUCUCAGUCCCUACCACAAUACGCUUCUUCUCUUCACUACAUCCGCACUCAGCCACAUCUAUCCAGAAGUGCGAUUAGACGCCGUCAGAGUGCUUGAUGCUUGUCUCGACAUCUUGCCUCACACUGCCACAUCAGGAUGGGAGAAUGCAGUCUUCAAGAUGGCCAGCGCUAUCUCUACAACUGCGACCUCGACUGCUACCCCCAACAACGCCGCGGGGCCUAGCAUCGCUUCGCAUCAGCCACACGGGGAGAGAAUCAUGAAUUGCUUCCUCAGCCUCCUUGGCAUCACACAAAGGUCAAGCGCUGCUGCCUCCAUAACGUCCACCGACCUAGUUCCUGGCACCAAGCUCUUGAUACUCAGAUCGCUACGAACAUUCCUUAGUCAUGCUCUUCCGUCCAACUCUGGCGGCGACUCGGCAGACGCUGAAGAUCAGAGUUGUCCAACUUGGUUCUUUCGGUCCGCCUUCACCUCAUCCGCCGAGUUUGAGUAUUUCCAAAGGCUUCUCGGUCGCAAUGCCCGCUCUCAGCAGUCUCGUUACAUUGCCAUAUCUCGCCACAGUAAAAGUACUGUCCGCCCAUCAACCGAGGCAAGCUACUCUGACUGGGCAUCUGCAGAUUCGUCAGCCGCUUCGCUCAUGGAUCUGGACAAUACACCUGGCAAGUCGCUCAACUCGGCGGAUCUCCUCAGCUCAUUGGAAGCCGUCAGUGCCACCAACGCAAUCGGCACAAGACACGGCAAGCACUCCCAAUCUGCAGCAUUGUCGCUGUUUGCUCUUCUCGACCCCGUCCUGCUUGCUUCGUUCCUCGACACAGCCCCAUCGGCAUUUCAGCCCGACCUCGACUUCUCCCAACAAAUGCGCGGACAAAACGUAGGGCUGUCUACACCCUCACAGCUCGUCUUUGAGAUCCUCUCUCUCACUCUUGCACUCUGGCGGGGCUCAUCAUCUCCUAGCGCACAAUCGAGAUCGUCUCUCGCCAAUCUCCUUGGUCACGUCUCGGUCUACUUUCCUUUCAGCCAUCACACGGGCUCGAGCGGCCUGUCAGCCAAAGCAAAGUCUCUGGUAGUACAAAUGGAUCUUGCCUAUGCGGAGCUUGUCGCCCUCCUGGCGCUCAGCCACGGAAAGACGCAAAAGGUCAAGUCAAAAUUCAACAUCGAAACGCAAAUCGAAUCGGUGUCAUCCUUCAUCGCCGAGCUGCUCUCGGUACCUGUGACCGAGAGAGGAACCGUGUCUCUUGGAUCCGUGGGCGCUUCUCCAGCCAAUACGCUUGAUCCAGACACGUUCCGUGCUCUCCUUCCUACGCUGUGGUUCCUCUUGGGUUCCGAACACGACACCCUGCUCGACAGCUUGCUAGCCACAUACCAUGCACACGCCACUCAGCAUCGAGUCAAGCCAGUGCUCUUUGAGUUCCUGGCUCGGGCGUAUCUUCUCUCGAAGCUGCGUGCACAGACACCCUUCGCGGCAGAGGAAUCUGAUCGACUUAUCGAGAGUCUCUUGUCUACGCUUCCUCGUAGCCUAUGGGAAGCGGCUUCGUCGUCAAACGGGCAUGCCUUUGCGGGUGUUCAGCUCGAGUUCUUGCACUUCCUUCUGUUGCUGCCUUCGCCGCCGGCCGUGCUCGCCUACGAGAAGCUUGGGCCAUUCUACUGGAUCAGACACCCCACCAAAAAGGUGUCUGGUCCUGGCCCCUUCAACAGGCUUCCACGCGCAUUACGCAAGCUCGCCAUCGACAAUACAUCGCUCUUGCAAGGCCGCGACGAGAAGCUCGACAAGACCAUGUCUGCAGCACGACAGCAUGUUCAAACGAGCGCAUGA